AUGUCCAACUUCCACUUUGCCCUUCGUUUUCUCCAGGCAUCUAACACAAACACAACGAAAAAUGAGGAAGGCAGAAGUGAAAACACUCAGUUAUCAAAUACUCAACAACCGUCAAGUCCGAAAGCAGAAUGCAUAUCUCCACUUACAGUUGCUGCAGCUUUAGCCGCAGCUUCUGAUAUUGCUGCGGGGGGGUCGGGUCUAUUGGAGUCAACGGGGAGUGAAAAUGGUAUGAAAUCGGAGGAAGAUGUUGUCCCAGAAUCGUACAACAUGACGGAAUCAAUUUCGUCAAGUUGUGGUUAUUUAACAUCUGAGAUUGAAAGUGGAAGUACAGCAGGCACUUAUGAUUUAGAGAAUCUAUCAAAAUGGGUUCCAGAUAACCACUACAGUCGAUUGAUGGAAAUGAAUGAUAUUCCACGCGAUCCUAUCGACUGGAAUUCCACCCAGGUUAUCAUUUGGAUAAAUUGGGCGUGUAAGCAAUUUCGAAUUGAAGGUGUGAAGAGUCAACGGUUGUUCAACAUGCCAGGUUCUAGGAUGUUUGCUUUAACAGCAGAUGAUUGGCGACGUCUGGUCCCCAAUGCUAAUGUGAAUUUUCUAACCCACUUGGAAUUACUGAAACGAUGUCGAAAUGUUUGUGUUCCUUAUAAUCCACAACCGCCACAACAAACCACAAACCAGUCACAAAAGCUGCAUAGACAGUUGUCAGAGCCUGACGUACUCAGCUCAAGAAACUUAACUGAAUCCAAUCAGAGUAAGAAUUUCAAUGAAACAGGCACUGCCUUUUCACCAUCAUAUUCUGGCGCCUUAACUGCUUACGAUACAGAUAAUACCAAUUUACUCAUGGUUAGUUCGAAACCAUACUUUCCAUCGUAUAAUGAUUCAAAUAUGAGUGUGUCGACAACUGCGCCUGGAAGAAGAACAGUGACGUUACGAUCAUUUCUGAGUAGUGAAAAUUGUAUGAGCCAAAAUCCAGCCAAUUAUGAGACAAUGAAUAAUGGUUUGUAUGAAAUACGUUCAUCAUCGAAUGGUGUUAGUAGUGUCGGUGCUGGUGGAAGUCAGUUGAUGCGCGGUCCAUUUAUAUUAACUCAAAAUAACGGUGGUAAUUCUAUCUCACAAGGAAUUCUAAAUUACCAAUCGUUUUCUGAAUUCGACGACAGCAUUGCAGGACAGGUUGAACUGUGGCAAUUCUUGCUAGAACUACUUACAGACUGGAGAUAUCGUGAAGUUAUUCACUGGAUCAGUAAUAAUGGUGAAUUCAAAAUAAGCUUUCCAGAUGAAGUAGCUGCUCUGUGGGGUCAUCGAAAGAACAAGCCUACUAUGAGGCCUAGGGAAUUUCUUAUAGCAUUAUCUUAUUAUGAUGAUGUGAUUUCAAAGAUUCAUGAGAAACGUCACCUUUACAAAUUUAAGUGUGAUUUGAAAGAACUUUUGGGUCUCUCAUCUGGUGAGAUAUAUAUGUUGGUGAGGAAUUGUGCAGAGAGGCACUUUCUUGUUUACAAGAAGCGGCGUUUGAUUUCAGGAGGAUUUGAUUCGGGAAUAAGUCAUAACCGACUCUCCGUUUAUCGUGGUGAAGAUGAGAGUUUGCUGCCAGUACGCGUGGAACAGGGUCGUCAUGUUAGCUUUUUAGAUCCAUCAAUGCAGCACCAGAAUUUGGAUUUGCAAUACUGGCCAGAUGCAACAUCUUCAGAUCCCCUUUCUUACAGUGUCCCAACUUCACCUAAUUAUCGUAUAAGACAGUCAAAUAAGCCUGAAAACGAAAGGCAUAAUCGACCGUCAGAACCGACAAUGUCCAAUGAUCCGUCAAUUCGUGAAAGACGCAAACAACGAAAACGAAGUGCUGCGGAUGUAGAGUUACAGGUGAAUACUGCCACAGAUGUUGACAACAUUAUCAUCGAUGAGGGUUGUAUUUACCAAACUGCUUGUGAUAAUAUGGAAGAUUCGGAGAAUGAUGAUCCGCGAGGUGGUAGGAGUGCUUGUCGUUUACGACGUCGUUGGUGGUCUCGUAAUCCUUUGUCGGAUAUUUCACCAUUUGUUUCUCCUCCUUAUCCAUCUCAUCCAAUCAACGAGCGUUUAUCGUCAAGCAUUAUACAAGAACAGGAUGAGAGUAGUGAUCGGUUUAAUGAAUGUUUAGUGGAUCAAAAUACCCAGUUUAAUCAUUCUAAUUUUCCAGUUGAUGAGGAUUGGAUAACAGCUACCACUUUAGCAGAAGAGAUGGCGAAGGGAUCAUCUGUUAACUCCGCCUCUGCUUUCUCCUCCUUCCAUUCAACCAUAAAUCCACUGGAUUGUACAACUUCGACUUGUGCCAGUGUCACUGUUUGUGAUAUUGAUGAAGACGAAAUAGCUUCAAUGGCUGAAUUUUUAUUGAGGGAAAUGGGUCGACGGGAAAGGGAGUCGACGCCCUUCUCCUCUUGA